UGACCUUUCAACAAACUGACACUGUCUGUGUUGCCUGUUUAUUUGGAGCUACUGUGAAGACACACCAUGAUCUUCACUUCCACAGCCAUGCUCUAUCUGGGACUGAUUCUGGGACUCAGGUCUCCAGUGCUGGCAGGAAAUUCCUACAGAAAACCUAGAUUGUCAGUCCUGGAUAGUCCCACUGUGAACACAGGAGAGAAUAUGACCUUUCAAUGUAUUUCAUGGCAGGAAUACGAUGGGUUUAUUCUGACCAAGGAAGGAGAACCCAAGUUCUCCAGAACCCUGGACUCACAGUAUAUUUUCACUGGGCAUUUGCAAGCAAUUUUUUAUGUGGGUCCUAUGACCCCCAGCCACAGUGGGACAUACAGAUGUUAUGGCUUCUACAAAAGAAAUCCACAGAAGUUGUCCAUGCCCAGUGACCCCCUGGAAAUACAUGUAUCAGGAGUGUCUGAGACUAUCAACUCAUCCGAAGCCAAGGCAGUCUCAAAAACCCAGGAUCAUACAGUGGAAAACAUCUUCCGGAUGGCUACGGUUGGCUUGAUCCUCCUUGUUUUUGGGAUUCUGCAGUUAAAGGCAUGGCACAAUCAGAGACAGAUCUGAUAUUCAUCUGGGAGCCAAACAGAAGAGAGCACUGUAUCCCUUCCUGGUGGCAGAUUCUGGGAAAUAUGUCUGGGGAUUUGAAGUGUUUUUUGUUUUUUGUUUUGUUUUUUAAAGAAAAUCUGGGGUUUAUGUUUUCAGUAUUGUCCAGGAGUAAGUGUGUUUAGGUUCAGGGAGAGGACAGAGAAUACAGCAUUUCCACACUAGAUUAAGACUAUUUCUCUUCACCUUACUGUGGGCUCUUGUUGACUGAUGCCUCCUCUGUUCUUACUACAUGACAGUAAGGAAAGUCCUGUCCUAAAGAUUCUUAACUUCAUGUCUCUCUGACUUUUUCUUACUUUAAUGUUACAUUUUCAUUCAUUAUAAAUCACCAAAUUCCUCACUGUACUUUGAGAGCCUGUCCUUUUUAUUGAGAACAAUGUAUUUGGCUCAAUAACAAAAACCACAAGCAUAAAUCAGAUUUCAGAAAGAAAAAUAACUGAAUAACUGUAGGAAUUUCAGGUCUCAAGAAUCUCAGGUUACGGUAAACUCAAAAAUUAAUUGCCCCAGGACACAUCGUGGCAGAAGCACAUUCCAAAGACACAUUGCAGAGGAAGGGCCCAAGAUAAGGGUUAAUCAAGAAACUGGGCCCUUAAUAAUACACCUGGGCAAAUAGAAGUCACUUAGCUAACACUCAUUGUUAUAAAGAUAAUGUGAUAAUCUGAGUUGCCUAGAAACUGGGCCUGGGAAUGGCUGUUGAAGUCAGCCUUCGUGGUUAUUGAUUAAGAGGUAAAACUGCCCAUAUAAGCCCUGUGAAUAUGGUAUAAAAAGUGCUCCCAACUUUGGUGUGGGGUUCCUCUUGUUUGUGUACAAGGAAACCCCACUUCACUGGUUUAUUAUUAUCAUCAUCAUCAUCAUCAUCAUUAUCAUCAUUAAACCUCAUGUUUUUGUAGUGAA